CUGUAAGCUCUUCUACUUUUUUUAUUAAAAAAUCGAAAUGGCUGGUACAGUAAUUAAUCUGAGAAAUGCUGCCGCCGCCGCAUCUACCGGCUUCACCAAAUUCCUACGCCACAAAAUCCAUUCCACCCCCAUAACCCCUUCAAUCACCAACCGCCUCUUUUCUUCUUCCACCACCGGUGCAGAUCCACCCUCCGGCGAUCCCUACUCAAAAAUUUAUUUUCGCGGCGCGCCACAGAGAUUCAAGUUGGAGAAUCCGUUCCAGAUCGACGGGCCAGGGAACGUGAUUGAAGUGGAUGAAGCGAAGGAAGGGACGGUGGUGCGAGUGGCUAUGCCGGGCGUCGCGGCGGACGGGUUCAAGGUGUGGGCGGAGAAGGACACGGUGUUCUUCGCCGGUAAAGGGGAAAUCGAAAUGGAAGGAGAAGAGUCCGGGAGAAAUUAUGGAGGUAGUCUUGAAUUUGACCCGGAAUUACAUAUGGCUCAAGGGGUUAAGGCCGAGAUGAAGAAUGGAAUCCUUAAAAUGCUGGUCCCAAAUGCAGGUGGACAGCAAAAUAAUCCAUCUUCUCAUUAACUGUUUUCUUUUAUGAGUCAAUUGCUCUAGUAUAACUGUAACUAUAGAUGUGUUAAAAGAAACUAUUAUUGUUGUUUUAAUUCAUUUACAGACUAAAUAAUUCUUUGAGCAAUUUCUGUUAUUUUAUUCCAUUGCACCGAAAACAUAUUCCUAUUUUUUGAAGUUGGGCUGUCUGCCUGCGUCUAUCAUGGAAACCCCGGGGGAUCUUCCUUAAUUCCGAUUAGUUCUGUUCAAUUCCCGGAUUUCCAGUCAGUCGUGACAUAGCAGGCCACGCAGCCAUGUCGCCACGGUGGUCUGAGUAUUCUACCGCAGAAGCGAUGGAACGUCUACAACUUUGACAACCGCGAGAAAGUCCGGCUCUGGAAGAGCAACUCAAAAGUGAGGAUGCUCAUGAAUGUGAUAUGGAAUUACGGCUUGAGAGGCACAGACAAGUGCGUGGAUUAGCAUCCGCCUCCUCGAAGAAACACAUUUCUCUUUUUCGGAAUUGCGAUCCGAAGCGAUGCUUAAGAGCGGUUCAAACCAUGUCAUUUUGUUUGAAGGAAUUCGGGUUUUCGGCCUGAUUGAAGAGAAUGAUCCAUCUACAGACCAAAGGCCUAUUAAGAAGGUGAAAAGAGUUGUGAUUGCAAAGGAUGGCAAGUAUAAACUAGGAUAUGAAUGGUUGGGAAAGGAACAAAAUUGCCUUGGUACAAAGAAAAUCUGACCAAUAAAUCUACUAAAAAUAGCAAUGGUGAUCAAGAAGACAUCAUGAUGCCUUCUGAGAACAAGAGCAGUGGUAAGAAAAUGUUUGAGGAGCUGCUAGACAGAGACUUUUGCUGAUGGAGAUGAGGUGUGUACUCCUACCCAUAAGUUCCCAUAACAACAAAUUUAUUUUUGAAAAGGUAAUUGGUUGUUCCCUAUUCUAUUUAUUUAGGAUUAAGAUGAGCCUUUUCUUUAUAAGAUUAAUGCUUGUGCUUUUAACUCUUGGAGAAUAGAGUUAUAAUAAAGUGGCACAAGUUCUGAACUCAUCAAAUGCUUUUGUAGUUUCCAAUUAUUCUGAUGUAUCUUGACUACUGAGAUAACAGUAACCAACAUAGUACACUUGUUCAUGUUUUAUUUG